AUGACGGCAAAAAGUAGUGUAGCGGCAUCUUUUGAUGAAGAAUUUCAAUGCAAAUACAACCCAGAAAAUGUUGGUGAGCUAGCGAAAUGUGUACAGUUGAUGGCUAGCGAGAACCACUAUGACCGUGACAUUGUCUUGACAGUCCUUAAAUUAUACCAGCUCAAUCCUGACAAGUAUGACGAAGCAAUUGUUCGACUUGUUCUGCUGAAAACAUUGAUGGUUUUGCCAAAUAGCGAUUUCGCACUGGCAAAGUGUUUGAUUGACUCUAAUCGGUUGGGUUCUCAGGUAUGAUG